CCAGAUAUUACAGAAGCAGGAUUUGAAGAUUCUUUGGCAACAGAUGGUUUCCUCGUGGACUAUUUUAAUGAAUUCCUAAGCCUUCCAUGUCUCAAUCGUGAACAAGGGAUUAAAUGGAUCAAAAAAGAAAGACUUCCUGCAUUUCUGGAGAGUGAUUGCUAUUUUGAAUACAGGUUGGCCAAAUUGGUCUCGCAAGUAAAAUGGAGCAAGUCAGGUGUGAGUUUCACAAUUGGUACAAAUUUUUCUCCAUGGAUUCUGAGGAAACCACCCAGUCCACCACCUCCCACUGUUGAAGAAGACAAUCUUAUCAUUAUGAAAAAGUUCUACGUUUCUCUUGGACAGGCCUCCUACACUCAAACAAAAGAUUGGUUUUCACUAGCAAAACAAAAUCAGGAAAUGAUAUCCACCUUUUCAUUACCCUGUUGUAUACCCCACAGUAAAAUUGAAUCACCAGUUAUUUCAUCUGAUUCUGAGAAUUUUAUCUUUGAUGAUGGAGUUCACCCGAGGACAAAAAGAAGCUCAUCUAAAACCACUAAAUUAACUUCUGAAUUGGAAGAAGAUGAGGAAGGGUCUAUAUCUGUAAAAGACACUCCCUCGCGAGCUCUUCUGAGAAUAUACCUGGAAAAGCAACGUGAUAUGUCUGACAGAAGCUUGACAUUGCAUUUUUCAACAUUUGAAGAGUUUUUAAAUUCUUAUAUAUUCUUUAUUCUGAAAGCAGCCAUUCAGAAAAUUAUUGGAGAGCCACUUAGUGAAAGCCCAGACUUCAUAAACUUCAGCAAUGUAGGACAAGUGGUGGUUGAUGAUCCUUUUGAAUUUCUCCUUGAACCAGUUCAGACCAUAAUGGGAAAGUCAGAGGAAGCAUUAGGAAAACACAAUUUAAAUUUAAAGAGGGACAGCUUUGGACCUGAGGGCAUGGCUGAUUGGAAUAUUUCUCACCAAACUUACAACAUUAGCAAUAGGAAAGAGUUUGAAAAUUUUAAGAAUUUUAUGAAGGGCACUUUAGGAGAGAGAUACUGGUGGUUGUGGAUGGAUAUAGAGAGGUUAAAAGUUCUUAAAGACCCUGGAAGACAUCAAAGACAUCUUGAGAAGAUGAAAAAAUGCUACCUAGUGAGCAGUGGAGAGUGCUACCUUUCUGCAGAAGUCUUAUCAAAACUUAAUUUGUUAGAUGGGUCUCAGUGGACUGAAGAACAUUUAAAAAUUAUUCAAUCUGAAGUCAUAAAACCUUUACUUCUAUACUGGGCACCAAGAUUUUGUAUUACUCAUUUAUCCUCAGCAAAAAGUGUUAGUGCCGAACUGAAAUUCUGGCACUUCCGUCAAGAGGAACCAAGGAAAGACAUUGACCCUUUUCCACAAAUGGCAACUCUCUUACCGUUAAGACCUAAAUCUUGCAAUCCACAGAUAUCUGAGAUCCAGAAGGAGGAAUUCAGUUCAGUACAACAUACUAAAUCUCUCAAGAAAACACCUAAAGUCAAAGCAGCAAUUCAACACCUUUGGAGGACUGAAUCUUUGUGUGUAGCUUCCCAGAAGGAUACUGGAACUGAGAGAGGGAUAAGGCGCAUGUCAGAAAAUAGCAGAAUUAUUCAUUUAACAUCAUUUACUGACAUUUCUGAAUGUCUGAAGCCCCAGCUGGAUAGGAGAUAUACUUAUACAGAAGAACCUAAUGUUAAAACCACAUCAGAUGUGGGUGCUUUGGGAGGAUUUGACAUGGAAAAUUUGUUGCAGUCUCUGUAUGUGGAAAGUAGAGCUGGAUUCUUUUUUACUAAAUUCUGUGAGAAUUCAGGAAACGAGUUGUGGAAGAAUAGUGUGUACUUUUGGUUUGACCUACAGGCUUAUCAUCAGCUUUUCUACCAAGAAACGCUUCAGCCUUUUAAAGUAUGCAAACAAGCACAAUAUCUCUUUGCCACAUAUGUUGCUCCGUCAGCCACUCUCGACAUUGGACUCCAACAGGAAAAGAAGAAAGAAAUUUAUAUGAAAAUACAUCCACCAUUUGAAGAUCUUUUUGACACAGCAGAAGAAUAUAUCCUUCUUAUCCUCCUGCAGCCCUGGAUGAAGAUGGUAAAGUCUGACCAAGUUACUUACAGAAAGGUAGAACAGGUGGAAGAAAGUAGGCAGCUAGACUCCACAUGCCUCAGAAAGCUGCAGGCUCUGUAUAAAGAGUCAUUGCCGAAGAAAGCUGGGGAUGCCACUGGUGAAACUGGAACUGGUAUUCUAUCACUCCCGGAUGUUUCUAAGCAAACAGAAAACUGGAAUAAUGUUCCUGACGAAUACAAGCAUUUUAAUUUUAAUGAUCUGCUUAACAACAAGCUGGAGUUUGAACAUUUCCGUCAGUUUCUUGGAGCACAUUCCUCAAGCAUGGACCUUAUGUGCUGGACAGACAUCGAGCAGUUCCGAAGAAUAAAUUUCAGAGAUCGAAAUCAAAGGGAGGCAAAAUCUAUAUAUAUUAAAAACAAAUACCUUAAUAAAAAAUAUUUCUUUGGACCCAACAGUCCAGCUUCUCCAUAUCAACAGAAUGAGAUAAUGGCAUUAAGUGGUGGCUGGGGAAAGAUUCUCCAUGAGCAGCUUGAUGCACCUGUUUUAGUUGAAAUCCAGAAGCACGUUCUGAAUAGGCUGGAAAAUGUGUGGUUGCCAUUGUUUCUUGCAAGUGAACAGUUUGCAGCCCGGCAAAAGAUAAAGGUACAGAUGAAAGACAUAGCAGACGAGCUUUUACUACAGAAGCAUGAAGGGAAAAUUGGGGUCUGGAAGGCUGUGGAGAGCAAGUGGAUAUCUUCAUCUUGUGAAAUUAUUGCUUUCCGUAAAGCAUUACUAAAUCCAGUUACUGCAAGACAAUUUCAACAUUUCGUGAUGCUAAAAGGAGAUUUAUUGGGAAAUGGAGUACUGUUUUGGCAAGAAGUACAAAAAUAUAAGGAUUUGUGCCAUUCCCACUGCGAUGAGUCUGUCAUCCAGAAGAAGAUUACAACUAUCAUCAACUGCUUCAUUAAUUCCUGUAUCCCACCAGCCUUACAAAUUGACAUUCCAGUAGAGCAGGCACAGAAGAUUAUUGAACACAGGAAGGAGUUAGGACCAUAUGUAUUCAGAGAAGCACAGAUGACAAUUUUUGGAGUUCUGUUUAAAUUUUGGCCUCAGUUUUGUGAAUUUAGGAAGAAUUUGACUGAUGAAAAAAUUAUGAGUGUUUUAGAGAGAAGACAAGAGUACAACAAGCAGAAAAAGAAAUUGUCAAUCACAGAUAAUGAAAAAAUUGGAAAGGUUGGACUCAAACAAUAUACAAGUACUACGGGGUCUACUACAAAGACGCCUGCCUUAGCCAGUGACUCCUUCCUAGGCCUGCAAGCAUAUGGCCGACAGCCAACUUGGUGCUACUCAAAGUACAUAGAAGCCUUAGAACAGGAGAGAGUUCUUCUUAAAAUCCAAGAGGAACUGGAAAGAAAGUUGCUUACAGGAACAUCAUCUUUUACAAAUGUGUUUAAGUCUGCUGGCUCAGUUACGUCUUUGAAGAAAAAUUUGUCUGCCCAAUCCAUUUCAAAGUGGUGACAGCACUUACAUCUGUGUUUAUGUCCUGCUACCAACAGGUACAAGGAAUUCUUUUACUCAAAUUUAACGAACAGAAGCUGAAGUAACUGAUUGUGAUGGUCUACAUGUUUAGAGCAAGCCUAACAUCUAAAUAAAGUUUGACUGUUUUGCUCCCAUAGUG